GAAGCAUUGUUAGGACAUAGUCACAUAGCCUGAAAUUUCCCUGUUGCCUACGUAACAUGUUGCAGAAGGACAGGUGGGUCCGCGGCUGACGGCGAUGUAUAAAUGCUGCUGAAGCUCAGGCAGGAAGACAUUCACCACCAGACACCGAGACGUUGGAAGGUCCCACCGGGAGAACGUGGAAUCUUUAGAGCCGGUCACAAGGAGUGAACAUGAAGCUGGGGCUGCUGGUGGCGCUGGCCGUGGCCGCUGUGGUGGCCGGUCUGUCCGACGGCCGCAACGUCACCGAGUGUGAGCUGAAACAGACGCUGGCAUCGGCCAUCGCUCUGCCCUCCUUCCUCCAGAGGUAUAAGGAAAACAUCCUGGCAGCAGUGAUUUGUAAAGUGAAACUGAUGUCCCAACUGAACAGUGGCCUUGUCACAGUGAAAGGCAUAUGCCCAACGACCCCCCAACCAACAACCCCCGAACCUACAACCCCCCAACCAACAACCCCGCACCUACAACCCCCCAACCUACAACACCUGAACCAACAACACCCCAACCUACAACACCUGAACCAACAACACCCGAACCUACAACACCUGAAACAACAACACCUGAACCAACAACACCCGAACCAACAACACCCGAACCUACAACACCUGAAACAACAACCCCCCAACCAACAACACCUGAACCAACAACACCCGAACCUACAACACCUGAAACAACAACACCUGAACCAACAACACCCGAACCAACAACACCCGGACCAACAACACCUGAACCAACAACACCCGAACCAACAACACCCGGACCAACAACACCUGAACCAACAACCCCCGGACCAACAACACCAGCCACCACCUCUGUAAUUGUUGGGAAAAGGCGAAAGCGUGAAGUUCCGAUAAACAUUGAGGAGCCGAACAACUUGGACAAAGUCCUGAAGAAACUGGUGCAAAAUGGACGUGUGAAUCUGUUUAUGGAGGAUGAGUACAAUCACUGCAACAGGAUGGGUCAUAGGGUGGACAGUCAUGAGGACGACAGCCAUGAUGACGACAGCGAUGAGGAGGAAGGUAAAGGUGGGGCGCGGCCCUCGUGCCUCGGCUUCUACGGCCUCUUCCAGCUGUCGGACGGCUACUUCUGUGACUCUGGUAAUCGUCCGUCCAAAAACGUGUGUGGCACAAACUGCGCAGCCUUCACUGAUGACAACAUCGUGGAUGACGUCGACUGCUUGGUGAAGACUAACUUCUGGUGGUAUUUGCUGGAAAACACCCCGGGAUUCUGCUUUAACUCUGGGGCCUUAGUGUCCAGCUGUGGCGUGUGACACCAGGAAGGCUCGGCGUCACAGUAAAGCUGAUCUCUGUCCACGCCUUCAUAAGUAGCUGAGAAACUCUUCAUCUAUUUCUCAAACAUCUUCCAUGCGUCCCCUCCACACCCUCAGUACACCUGUCGACGAGGAAGAUAUUUGUCUAGAGCUCCUUCUUGACAGACGACAGUUAGAUCCUCCUGACGCCUAUCACUUAACCUUAGUGCGUGUGAUCGAUCAUUUUACUUACUGUAUUUCUUUCUGUAAUCGGCAAAGCAAUAAAAAUAUUUUAAAAAAACUA